CAUCAUCAGUGUAGUUACCUUCAAAACUUCACUGUGUACUUCUUUUGCUUGGUCACUAACAGCAAGAAAAAAGAAAGCUCAACAAAAUGAAAGUGAUUUUCUUUUUUGUCUUUCUCUGCAAAAUUGGAGUGCUUACAUAUGUUGCAGUGGCAACAGCUUGUCCUAAACCACCGCAAGUAGCCAAUGCUGCCAUUUUGAAUGAAUUGAGAAUUUAUGAGCCUGGACAAGAAGUAGUGUAUACAUGCCUGACUGGUUUUAUAUCCAUAAGAGGCCCCAAAAAACUUGUUUGUCCUAAAACAGGAAGAUGGGGUUUUCCAAUGCUGCUGUGUGAACGAAGAUCCUGUCCUGCUGUUGAUUCUCCACUCAAUGGAGGUUUUCAUGCUACAGACUUGAAGUUUCAGAGCAUCAUGACCUUCUCGUGUAAUGAGGGCUAUAUACUGAAAGGAGCAAAUAUUAGCAUAUGCCAGCAUGAUGGAACCUGGAGUACAGCAGUACCGGUCUGUGAACCUGUAACAUGUCCUCCCCCUGAAGUACCUACAUAUGGGAAAAUUCAUUAUUAUGAGCCAAGAGCUGAAAAUGUUUCCCUCCUUAAUGAUGUUGUACAGUUUGAAUGCCUGUACAGAACUGCAUUGAUUGGUAAUAGUACAGCUUACUGUAUGUCAAAUGGAAAUUGGAGUCAGAUUCCUGAAUGUCAAGAUGUAAUUUGCCCAUACCCAGGAGACAUAAAAAAUGGACACCUGGUCUAUGCCCAUAGAAGAGACUACAGUUACAGAGAAGUUCUUAGAUAUGCUUGCAAAACUACCUUUACUCUGGAUGGCCCUAUGGAGAUAACAUGUGAAAAAAAUGGAGAAUGGUCCUCAAAGCCAUCCUGCAAAGCAUCUUGCAUUAUUCCAGUUAAAAGAGGCCGAAUACUCUAUAACACCAGAAAACUAUGGAUUGAGGAUAUUCCUGAUCAAACAGUUCAGCAUGCUGAUACAGUUUUUUUUUACUGCAAAGAUGAAAAAAAUAACUGUGGCUACCCAGUUUCAGCUCAAUGUGUGGAUUCAGUUAUAAAAGUUCCAGACUGUUUUAAAGAGCCAACAUAUUUACAGUAUAACGUUCGGUAUGGGUCGCUUCCUUCAGAAAUAGAACAGUGCAAAAAUAGUUUCUGAAAGUCUUCUUCACCUGACAUUGCAUUAUGAGAAAUAAGCCAAAUAGAUGAAAACACUGAUUUGCAAGUUACAGAGUUCAUAAAUGGAAUCUAUUCUGUGCCUUUAAGCAGAAGUUUAGUAAUGGCAGUGUCAUGACAGGGAAAUUUAUCUAUGUUGCAUUUUCUCCAUGAGAUGACUUGCAUACAUGUAACUGUUAAAUUGUUCAUGUGGUACAGAUAUAACUAUUAACUACAGCAUCAUGUUUUUAAAAUGCAAUAAGAAAUACUGUAAUACUGAUGAAAUUAAUAAAGAAAUGUGCAUGUAUAUUAAA